AUGUAUGAGGUGAACUCCUAUCAAUUUUGUGAAGAACCAAUCGUGGAAUCUGAUGAUCUUGAGGUGCAAAUUCAAGAGGCUGCUGGUGAAGAGAUCAAUAAUGUUGAAGUGGUUUCUUUUUCCUUUGGGCAUCCACUUUGCUCCUUUGAUGAUUCCCUUGCACUUUUACAGUUUAAGCAUUCACUUGUCGUGGCGGACUAUCCACUUUGCUCUUCUGAUGAUCUUUACUAUGACGACAAAUUCCAUUGCCAAUCUUCUGUUCCUAAGAUGACGUCUUGGAAUAGUAGUAUGGAUUGUUGUACGUGGAAUGGUGUUACUUGUGAUAGCCUCACCGGGCAUGUGAUUGGUUUGGACCUCAGUUGUAGCAAACUUGAAGGAACUAUUCAUCCCAAUAGUAGCCUUUUCCAGCUUCAACAUCUUCAAAAGCUUGAUCUUUCAAUUAAUAAUUUUCUAGAAUCUCAUAUUCCCCAGGGUAUUGUUCAGUUGGUCCGUUUGACGCAUCUCAACCUUUCUUAUUGUUAUCUCAAAGGAAGGAUUCCAUUAGAAAUCUCGUACCUGUCCAAUUUGGUUUCGCUUGAUCUCUCUAACUUUGACUCUGAUGUCCACUUUAGCCGGGAAGGUUUCAACAUGCUCUUUCGAAACUUUACCAAGUUAGAGGUACUUUCUCUUUCUAAUGUUGUCAUCUCAUCCGAGAUACCUAUGAAUGUGUCAUCCUCUACUUUGAGAUAUCUAGAUCUUGGAGGACCUAUUCCAGAAUCCAUCAGGAACCUUUCACAUAUCACUGAACUGCAUCUUUCAAACAACCAUUUGGAAAGCAAAAUUCCUGAUGCAUUUUCCAACUUGCAAAAGCUUACGUUUGGAAGCAACAACAAUUCCGAUGCAUUUUCCAACUUGACAAAGCUUGAAGUUUUGAUCUUGAGAAACAAUUGUACUUUCGGUGGUCCACUUCCUUUGAUUGCUAGCGGCUUUCAAGAUCUGAAACAACUAUAUUUGUCUCAAAACUCGCUCAAUGGAUCAAUCCCAUCUUGGAUGCUUAGUCUUCCUUCAGUGAUUCAUUUGUGGCUGGGGAGGAAUCGUUUCAGUGGACCACUUCCCGAGUUUAAGACCAACUCUCUAGAACGGCUAGAUAUGUCUCAUAAUCAACUCAAUGGUCCCAUACCUCAAUCACUUAGAGAUCUUGUGAACCUAACCGAUGUCAUUCUUGGACAAAAUAAUUUGAGUGGGGAGGUUGGAUCAGAAAUGUUUUCAAGCAUGACAAACCUCUACUAUCUUGAUCUUUCUCAUAGUGGUUUAGCAUGGAGUAGCAAUAAGGACAAGAUCAUCAUCAACCUUCCUCUUCUUGGUUAUUUGGAUUUAGGAUUUUGUCGUGUGAAAGAUUUUCCAAAUCUCUUGUUAAACGCCAAGGAAUUAUGGUCUUUGGAUCUCUCGGAGAACGAAAUUCAUGGCCCCUUCCCAAAAUGGUUUGCAGGUUUGAGUUCAUUGCAAUUCCUUAACCUCUCCCACAACUACCUUACAAGUUUAGACCAUCUAUAUUGGAAGACAAUGACGAUAGUGGAUCUUCAAUCAAACUCACUCAGAGGACCUCUGCCGUCCUCUCUUUGCUCAUCAACUUACCUUUCAUUACUAGAUUUGUCUUAUAACAAUCUGAGUGCUGAAAUUCCACAUUGUUUGUUUGCUUCUACCAGGCUAGUGGUCCUAGACUUAAGAGAAAAUAACUUUGAUGGUCCCAUCCCAAACAAAUUCCCAAAGAAUAGUACACUAGUUCAUCUUAGCUUGAGGAAGAAUCAAUUGGAAGGUCCAGUCCCGAAAUCUUUAAUCAACUGUCCAUCCUUACAAGUCCUUGAUUUGGGAAACAACAAAAUUCGUGAUACAUUUCCCACCUGGUUGGAGACGCUGCACGAGUUGGAGAUUCUCAUAUUGAAAUCUAAUAGAUUUUAUGGACCCAUCAUUGCUUUCAAAACAAAAUUGCCAUUUCCAAAUUUGAGGAUCUUUGACCUCUCUGGCAAUUCGUUUACCGGCUUUUUACCCAUGGAGGUUCUAAAAGGUUUCAAAGCUAUGAUGAACAUGGAUGUACACAAAUCAAAAUUGGAAUAUAUAGGGGAACAAGCUGAUUUUGGACUUUACAAAGAAAACUAUGAGGAUCAAUCAGUGGAGCUAGUGCUGAAAAAUCAAGACACUGAAUUCGGAAAGAUCUUGAAGAUGUUCACAACAAUCGACUUAUCAAGGAACAAGUUUGAGGGAGAAAUCCCAGAGUUCAUUGGGAAUUUGAAUGCACUCCUGCUGCUGAAUUUAUCGCAUAACAACCUCAGUGGACAUAUUCCUGUUGAAAUGAAGAACAUGAGCACGCUUGAAGCUAUGGACGUUUCAUUUAACCAGCUUACCGGCAAAAUUCCUGAGGAAUUGGCAAGUCUCACAUUUCUUGCUGUCCUAAAUCUGUCACACAACCAUCUUGUUGGACCUAUUCCUCAUAGUAACCAGUUCAAUACGUUUCCAAAUGAUUCAUAUUUUGGAAACAGUGAAUUGUGUGGAUUUCCAUUGUCAAAUGAAUGCGGGCAGCAUAAGAGUGCACCAGAACCAGUAUCGUUGGUUGAACAGGAAGAAGAUGAGCCGAGUUUUCUUAGCGAAAUGACUUGGCAAUCUGUCGUAAUUGGUUAUGGCUGUGGCUUGACUUUUGGAUUUACCAUACUGUAUCUCAUAUACCACUUUGAAAGGCCAAGAUGGUUCAUAGACUUUUUUGCAACUAUCACUCAUGAAAUGGCAUACAGAGCAAAGAGAAGAGGUCAAAGAAGCAGGAACUUUCGCAGAAGAAGACUGUGAAAUCUAUGAGAUGGCAAUAUAGUAUCAACCAAGAGCCAAGAGAGAGAUUGGGAGCAUGGGCCUGGGAAAAUAGUGUUCUAUAAUUUUGCAAUAUGUGCAAAUAAUAAAGGAUUACAUUAUCAUGUUAGUGUUUGUUCAGUAUUGAAUACGUCUAUUUAAGAUACUUAUCAUUGCGCUGUUUUAAUAAAUUCUACAUUGAUGUGUUUCGUGCAACUUCUUGUGAGAAUUGUUGCUUCUCUUGUAACUCAUAUUAUAUAAGUUCAAAUAUUUCCUAGUGCUUA